AUGUUGUAUACGACGGAGAUGUUCUAUGACGCUUCGUCCCCGUACGGCUGGGAGGUCUGUGAUGACCUGACCGGAGACAAUGACGCGCUGGUUCGGGGUCUCCUUGCCUGUGCUAAAGAGGCCGAGGUUCCUCGAAUGGAUAGUGUGGUAGAUCCGCUCACACUUCAUAUGCGACGAAGGACCUUCUCAGGACAAGAAGAAACUUGA